UCUCGUCUCUCCUCGGGGCGGGGAGGGGGGGGGGGGUCAAUGUCACCGCUCGGCUCGGCGUGGCUCAGAGGGCGACCAUGUGCGAGGGGACGGGGAAGGCAGCGGCCUUGAAGAGCGCAGACACGGGCCGCAGCGAGGACACCGGACGGGGCUGGGGUUGGGGGAGCGAGAGGACGUUGUCCCGGAGCCUCCGGCCGCUGUGACCGACUCUCCGAACCAUCGUGUAUGGAAAUACAGUACUUUCAAAUCUGCCUUCAACACAUCCGUGUGCACACUGGUUUGUAAGCAGAACAAGCCAAAAUGCCUCAGAAUUCAGGAAUGAAUAAUUUAAAUGGAAUCAAACCUUUACAACAAAUGAUAGCUUCAUGUUCUGGUGCCGUGAUAACUUCACUGCUUGUUACGCCUUUGGAUGUUAUAAAGAUAAGGCUGCAGGCCCAGAAAACUCCAUUCUAUAAAGGAAAAUGUUUUUUGUACUGCAAUGGCCUAAUGGAUCAUCUAUGUAUUUGUGAGAAUGGAAAUACCCUUGCUUGGUAUAAAACACCCAGGCAUUUCAAUGGGUCACUGGAUGCACUCUUCCAAAUUAUUCGUUUUGAGGGUAUAAAAUCACUCUGGAGUGGACUGCCACCAACUCUAAUAAUGGCUGUACCUGCUACAGUUAUUUAUUUUACUACUUAUGAUCAAUUACGGGUUUUUAUAAAGCAUAAACUGGGUUACAAUGGCAUCUAUAUCCCGCUGAUAGCAGGAGCUGUAGCUCGAGUGGGUGCAGUGUCUGUUAUAAGUCCAUUGGAGCUGAUGAGGACAAAAUUGCAAUCUCGUAAACUGACAUAUAAGCAACUAGGUACUGUUGUUCGGAUUGCUGUACGGCAGGAUGGCUGGCUCUCCCUCUGGAGGGGGUGGGGUCCCACAGUACUUCGAGAUGUGCCUUUCUCAGCAACUUACUGGUUUAACUAUGAACUGAUGAAGAAUGCGUUGUGCAAGAAGCGCAAUCUAAGUGAGCCAACCUUCAUGAUAAGUUUUGCUUCUGGAGCAGCAUCAGGCUCUAUUGCAGCUACCAUCACCCUACCAUUUGAUGUCGUGAAAACACGACGGCAGAUUGCACUUGGAGAGCUGGAAGCAUUAACUCAACCAAAAACAUCUAUGUCUACCUGGGUAAUAAUGAGUCAAAUCGUUAAGGAAUCUGGAUAUUCAGGUUUAUUUGUUGGUUUCUUCCCUCGAUUAAUGAAGGUAGCCCCAGCCUGUGCAAUAAUGAUCAGUUCCUAUGAAUUUGGCAAGUCCUUUUUCCGUAAAGUGAACAAAGAGCGAGAGCUGGAAAAGGUUAAAACCUGAAGAAAUCCAUACUGGAUGACUCUUAAAGGAAAACAAGCCCUUGAAAACUAGGUUCUUGCCAUAAUAUUCUUUCAAAUGCAGAAGAAAAUCUUGGUAGAUGAUUUAUCCAUUGAAAUAAAAGGAAUUAUGGCAUUGGAAGUCUAAAGAGCUGGCACAAAUAUUGCUAUUAAGAAAUCUGUUUAAGCUCUGUUUCCAGAGCAUGUUCGUACUGCAAAAUGUCGCAGUUGUAAUUCAGAUUGAAAGGAUGUCGAAGCUAUAGAAAUGUAAAAACUUAUCUGAUAGACAAAUGAAAGAGAUAACAUUUACCUCUAGUACCAGUUUGUACUGUUGUUAUUGUCUUGGUUUAGAAGAUCACUUCUUACGUUGAUUUUGUAAAGUUAUGAAUCCACAUCAAGAAAAGGUUUGCAUUGAUGUUGUUGGGAGUACAUCUAAAAAGGAGCAGGUGAUCAAAAUGGAGCUCUAGCAAUUUAAAGUGUUAUAAGAACGACAAAUUCUACCACUGGUACAGAGAAAACAUAAAAAUUGUAGACAUAAAAUGGAGUUGUCAAAUUGUUGAACAGUUUUGAAUCCUUUAUUUGAACAUUUCAUCUACUAAUUUCUAAAACAAAUAAUUUGUUGCACUUUUGCAGUUUAUGUUGAAAUGUUGUGACUUGUUGGGUGUCCAGUAAAAUAGCUGCUUUUAUUAUUUUUAAAAUAAAUGUCUUUUUAAUAUCA